AUGCCUUUAUUAAAAAUUUUUGAAAUAAUCGAAAAUCUCCUUGGAUUUGUUGACAACGAACCACCACCACAACAUCAUCAUAGAUCAAAACAUAGACGAUCCGAAACAAUAGAUAUUCAGACUAAUUCCAUCAAUCAUACUUCCGUUAUAUUAUCAGAUUCUUCUACUAAUCAGUUACAACGAAAAUCACCUCGUCAAACACUUCCAUCUCCACAUAAUAUUCGUGGUCCAUCAUGGUGGUUAUCAUUAAUAUUUUUACUUAUAGCAACUGUUAUUGGUUUUCAAGCUGGUCUUGUUCUACUUUGUAAUGUUAAACGUUGUAUAACUGAUGAAUUAUCAUCUGGACAUGAUACAAAUAAUUUAUUAAAUAAUAAUCGAUCAAAUACAGUACUUGUUUCAUCAAUUAAUUUACCACGUGUAUCACAAAAAAAACAAUUAAUUCUUAUAGCUGUUAUGACAAGUAAAGAUUUUUUAACAACACGUGCACCAACUGUUAUGCGUACGUGGGCAGAUAAAGUACCUGGUCAAGUUAUAUUUUUUUCUAGUGAAGGUUCAACAACAAAUGAUUCACGUAUCAAUCUUGUUAGUUUACCAUCAGUUACAGAUACAUAUCCACCACAGAAAAAAUCGUUUCUUAUGAUGAAAUAUAUCUAUGAUCAUUAUUUAAAUAAAUUUGAAUGGUUUAUGCGUGUUGAUGAUGAUGUUUAUAUACGAACAGAUAAUUUAGAAAAAUUACUUCGUUCAAUAGAUAAUCGUAAACCUUAUUAUAUAGGUCAACCUGGUAUGGGAACAAAAGAAGAAUAUGGAAAAUUAGCUUUAGCAGAAAAUGAAAAUUUUUGUAUGGGUGGUCCUGGUAUAAUAUUAUCACGCGAAACUUUAGCUCGUUUUACUCCACAUAUUAAAAAAUGUUUAAAGAAUUUUUAUACAUAUCAUGAAGAUGUUGAACUUGGUCGUUGUGUACAUAAAUAUGCAAAUACAUCAUGUACAUGGUCAUAUGAAAUGCAACAUAUUCUAUUUAAUCAUCCAAAUAAAACGGAUGGUUAUCGAGCUUCAAAUCUUGUUUCAACAGAUAUUUUACGUGCUGUUAGUCUUCAUUCAAUAAAAGAUAUACGUGUAUUUACACGUGUACAUAAUUUUGCUCUACAACGAAGAAUUAUUGAACUUGAACAACGAAAUAUGUUAUUAAAUCGUCAAAUAUAUGUUUAUGAUCAAAUUCUUUCGAUACAAAAUCAAAUAAAAUCUUAUGCGAAAAAUCUCUCGAAAUUAAUACAAAAAACUAAAAAUGAACAAAUUAAAAUCAAACUAAAACAACAAUAUAAAGUAUUAAAUAUGCCUGAUCAACAUAUUGCUGAACAAAUUAUGUCAUUAUAUAAUAAUACAUAUCGAUUAUUUACUGAUAAUAAUAAUCAACAACAAGAUUCUCAUUUAUGGAAUGUUAUACAGAAAUAUUUUAAUCAAACUCUUCAAUCAUCAUCGUCAACGUCAAUAUCAAAUGAUACCAUAUUUCCAUUUUUAUUUGAUCCAUCUCUAUCAAUUAUAACAAAUAAUAAUAAUCAUGAUUAUUUAACACGUACAAAAACAUUAAAUAAUUAUCAUAAUAAAUUUUCACGACAAAAAAAUGAUAGUUUAUAUGAAAAAACUUUACCGAGUAUCUAUACAUUAUUUACUGCUAGCCAAUAUACGGCUAAUACAGAAUUACCUGUUCGUUCAAUUGAACCAGCAUAUAGACAAUGUUUUGAUGAAGUUGUUCGAACAUAUAUGGAAGAAGUAAAUAAAAUUUCAAGAAAUAUGGGUCGAUUUUUAGAAUAUAAAAAGACUUUAUAUGGCUAUUAUAAAUAUGAACCGAAAUAUGGAAUGAAUUAUAUACUUGAUUUAUUUCUUAUUUAUAGAAAAUAUUCUGGAAAAAAAAUGUCGGUACCUGUACGAAAACGUGUAUAUGUUGUGCAAAAAUUUCGUCCGCUUUACUUUCGUGAAUUAUCCUCAUCAUAUUCAAGUGCAAUAUUAUCUUCUUCGGGAGCUGGUUCUCCUAAUCUUGUUAAUAUAACUUCACCGGUGAUUACGAAAAUAAAUUCUUCUUCUUCUCCUUCUUCUUCCUCGUCUUCGUCUGUUCCUAUAAAUAUGAUUGUACCUGUUAGUGGACGUCUUUCGACACUUAAACGUUUAUUGACUAAUUUUGAUCAUAUUGUGCUGCGUACUAAUGAUUCAGAUUUUCUUAAUAUACAUCUUUAUAUUAUUCUUAUGGAAACAGCUGAAGAUAGUGGUGAACGUAUGUCAACAAUAGUUGAUUAUGUUAAACAAUUUAUUAAAAAUCGUCAAGCAACACGUAUACAUUUAAUUGAAGUUGAAAAUGGAAAUUUUACACGAGGUUAUGCACGUUCAUAUGGUGCAUCUCGUUUUAAUGAUACAGAUCUUUUAUUUUUUAUUGAUCUUGAUAUGAUAUUUACUCGAGAAUUAUUUUCACGUAUACGUCAUCAUACUAUUCUUCAUAAACAAGUCUAUUUUCCAAUUAUAUUUAGUCAAUAUGAUCCAAAUUAUUGGGAAACAAAAGAAAUUCAAAGAAAUUUUUCAUUAUUUCAUUUAUCUGAUGAUAUGGGUUAUUGGCGUCAAUAUGGUUUUGGUAUGCUUGGAAUUUAUAAAUCUGAUUUAGGAUCAAUUGGAAAUUGGAAUGUUGAAAUAAGUGGUUGGGGUAAAGAAGAUGUUGAAAUCUAUGAUAAAUUAGUUCAAUCACCAACAUUAAAAGUCUUUCGUACAAUUGAUACAAGUUUAAUGCAUGUUUUUCAUACAAAAGAAUGUUCACCCACGUUACAUGAUGAUCAAAUGAAAAUGUGUAAAGGAACAAAAUCGAUUACAUUAGGAUCACAACGUAUAUUAGCUAAACAUGUUCUAAAAAUGAUUGAGCUCAAUAAAAUCUGA